AUGGCCAGGAUACAGCGCCCUCUGUCGCUCUUCCGCGCCUGCACCGCCCCCAGGCCUGCCACACACCGCGCCGCCCUACACUACACCACCACAGCACGAGCACAAACACAGACACAAACACAACCCCCCGCCUCGCGCGCCGCAGACCUCGCCGCCGCCGAAGCCAUCACCGAGUCCGACAGCGCCCAGCCCGCUGCCGCCGACCCCCUGCGCCCCUCGCACCCCUCCAUCUCCAACUCCAAGUCCAAGAACCUGAAGACGGCCGCGCGGGCCUCCAAAACCGUGCCCUUCACCCCCGCCACACAGCCGCAGCUGCCCCUCGCCCCGCCGCGCUACCACGUCGCCCGCUCCGCCAACAAGAACCUGCCCAUCUACACCGACUACAAGCGCGGCGGCAACCUGCACCUCACCACCGUCCGCAAGAUCACAGGCGACCUGCACGCCCUGCGCGACGAGCUGCAGGCCUGGCUCGCCAAGAAGGAGGACCAUGUCAAGGUGAACUCGCUGACGGGGCAUGUGGUCGUCAAGGGCCAUCACACGAGCAGCAUUGCCGAGUUCCUGAAGGCAAGGGGCAUGUAG